CUUUCUCUCCUCCUCUGUGACAGUUUGUUACUUUUCGCUUAGUGUGAGAAGAAGUGAUAUUUGGUAUUCCAGUCAGCAGGCAAGCAGCAGCCACCCACGCCCCGGCCGCCUCCCACGCCAGGAUCUGCGUCACGGGGCUCGUGUGGGAGGCAGACAGAGAGACCGAGAAAACGGAGCAGUUCACAAGAGCGGAAUAUCCCAGUCACAUAGAGGGGGUGUCUGUGGGGUGACUGCACGGCCUCCCCCGCAUUUCCUGCCAAAGAAAGUACAAGCGUCCCCCGUAUAGGGAUUUUGCCAGAAACUGGGGCUGCGCGGUAAGUAUCGUCUUAUUAUCGAGACGAGGCAGGUUCCGUCUGAAUGGAGCAGGAAUAUGUGUUGGAAGGAAGGCUGCCAUUAUAGCUGAAACAAAUCGCUGCUGCUGCCGGUAAAAGUUAAGCUGCUGAUUUGUCAUGGCAUCCUCUCUGCCAAGAACCGUCGGUGAGCUUCAGCUGUACAGAAUACUACAGCGUGCUAACCUCCUGUCUUACUUUGAUGCCUUUAUCCAGCAGGGAGGAGACGAUGUUCAGCAGCUCUGUGAAGCAGGGGAAGAAGAAUUUCUUGAGAUUAUGGCUCUGGUUGGAAUGGCCAGUAAACCACUCCAUGUUAGAAGACUACAGAAGGCACUUAGAGACUGGGUCACAAACCCAGGAAUUUUUAAUCAACCUCUCACAUCGCUGCCAGUUAGCAGCAUUCCAAUUUACAAGCUACCUGAAUCUUCCCCUUCUAUACUAGGUUUAAACUCCAGUAGUUAUGAAAGGAACAGCAAUGCAAGAGAGCCACACCUAAAGAUCCCAAAAUGUGCAGCUACAACUUGUGUACAAAGUUUGGGUCCAGGUAAAUCAGAUGGAGUAGGAAAUUCUCCUCUUCAGAACAACAGCGAAGGAAGACACUGGCAAAGUCACCAUACUACAGAGAGUGAACACAGUUUGUCCCCAGCUGAUCUUGGCUCUCCUGCAUCCCCUAGAGAUACAACUGAAACCUUGGACGCUUCAGCUGCUCUCUCAGUUUCUGAAUGUGUGGAACGGAUGUUUCCUUCCUUACCUAAAAGUGAUAUAAAUGAGGUCAGAGAAAUGCUGAAGACAAACAAAAAGCUGUCAAAGAUGAUUGGGCACAUUUUUGAGAUGGGAGAUGAAGAACCCCACAGGGAAGAGGAAAUUCGCAAGUACAGUGCAAUCUAUGGCAGAUUUGACUCUAAAAGAAAGGAUGGGAAACACCUGACACUUCAUGAGCUCACCGUGAAUGAAGCUGCUGCUCAACUUUGCAUGAAGGAUAUUGCUCUGCUUACCAGAAGAGAUGAGUUGUUUACACUUGCACGACAGAUAUCCCGAGAAGUCACAUAUAAAUACACUUACAGAACCACCAAGUCUAAAUGUGAAGACCAAGAAGAACUGUCCCCGAAAAGGAUCAAAACAGAGGAAAACUUCUAUGACUAUCAGGAAACACUAAUCGCACUUCACCAGCAAAUGGAAUCUUUAAAGGAGCAGAUGACUGUUGCAAAAGCUAAGGGAGAAGAAACAGCAGCACACAGUUUACAGGCUAAACUUGAAAAAAUUUUGUCAAAGCAGAUGGAUCUAUUACGCAACUCAGAGUAUGACAGACUGCCCGAGAGGUGUCAUUCUACUGGAUAUUACCUGAAAAACUCAGAAGACAGUAGUCCAAACACCAUUGCUUCCGAUAGCUCAGAGAGUCAAGUUGAACAGCCACUGAACCUUCGAACAUCAAACCAUCACAGUCAACAGCUGCAGCAACAUAUGUCGGAUGUAGAACAGCAUUUAGGGAAGCAGCUGUGCAAUGAACUUAGUGGACAUUAUUCCAGUUCUGAGACCAAUGCCCAAUAUUCAGAUAGCGUUGGAAUCCUAAAAGAUUAUUCACAAUCAGCCUUAAACAAUACAGAGAGGAAGGUCAUCAAGCUGGAACCAGAAGAUACAAGAUAGCUGGAAAGACAAUCUUCUAAUUUGAAUGAAUAAUACCACCACCACCACCACAAGCAAGCCUUAAACUGCUACCAGUGUUGCCUCAUAAAUACAUAUACAAAGCCAAAGCCUAUAGACUGAUACCAUUGGUAAUAAGAGAGACAGGACUGCUGAUACAGUCUUUAUGAUGGACACAUUCCUCUAAUGCCUUUUACAAAAAUGGCAAAGCUCACAAAUUAAUACAAGUGGGCUUUCAGUGUUUAAGAAUAAAAAACGUGUUUGUAUAAGGUAUGAAACACAUAGGUGUUAGAACAUGUAUUCCAUUUAAUAUAUGUGAAUACGGUUAAUUUUACUUGAAUUUUUUUAUGUCUGUUUUUAGACAACUAUAUUGCUUAUCAUAGGAUAAACACAUUCUUGGGAUUACAGGAAAAGAGUCUGGCACGAUAAUUAGCUCGCAAUAACGUUAAUUAAAAUAUGUAUUUUAUUAUUAAAAGACUUAAAGAGGCAAGUAAUGCUUAAAAACUUCAAAAGACAUAUUUAAAACUUCAAUUACUACAAUCUGAAUUGUCUUACAUUUUUUCCUAUGCAGCAAUAUAAGGCCCUUUUUCUCCUUGUAUUAAUGUGCAGUGAUAUAUAUAUUAGCUCUUUUAGUUUACUUAUAAAUUACCUACAUAAGAAGAAAAUCACACCAGCAUAUAGUUGAGUUAAACACAAAUGCAGUACAACUGAUUUUAAAAACUGCAACUGCAAGUAGAACAAUGAAAUCAAACACCUGCUUGUUUGCCAGUGGUAACUUCCCAGGUGUAAAUUUGCCCAGAGUUUAUAAACAAGUCCCCACAUUAGCAACCUUUGCAGUGCGUGGAUACUUUUGAAAUGCCCGCACACUACAUGUUGCCAAUAAACAUGGGACAUUGAAUCGAUCAAAAGGUAGACCAUAACUGUAGGGCAGCAGGGUGGGGAGACGGUUAGCACUGCUGUUUUUGCAGCACUGGGAGUCUGAAGUCUGAAUCCAGCCAGGACACUAUCUGCAAGGAAUUUUUAUGUUUUCUCUAAGUCUGUGUUACUAUUGUAUCCUCUUCAAAACAGUGGCGUAACUACCAGGGAUGCAUGGGGUGCACCCACCCACAAUAAGUGCUUUUGCGGGUGGCAGGGCAGAAGGAUUUUUUUUUUCUAGGCAUGCGUGCUUAGAGAAAUAUUCGCUCACGCAAACUCCCGGCGGGCCCAAGGGGGUGCAGGCCCUGGUGCAGUCACACCCCCCGGGUAGUCCCUCCACUGGCAGGGGCCCCUGAUGUGGCAGACCCCCCAGUCCGACGUUGAACACUAUCUGAGCUUCCAGAUAUACACGUAUUAUCUACCUCAUUCCAAAGAUUGAAAGAAAAACAUAAGUAAUUUUCCAAAAACCCUUAGACACACAACGUAAUGCAACCCACAAUUACCUUGUCCUUGCAGUUAUAGAAUCUGGGACUUUGAGUCUAUGCACCAUCUACUGUGCAAAGCAGAGAGACUACAAGUCCCACAAUCCAUCACUUCACAGUGGAACAAGGGUUUGCAUUACUGUGCAAGCUCAAGGAGGAAUGGGACAGAGAGAUGUUAUCAUGGUUUCAUUUCAGUCUGAGGAAUCUGGUAUGUUUGUGUAAAAACAAACUACAUUUAUAUUUAUGUCCUGGAAGUUCAGAUAGUGUUAGUCGUAAGCUCAACUGAACAAUCUCAUCAAAAAGAGGGGUAUAUUUUCUAUGAAAGAAUUUGUUAAACAUUGAACUGAAUGUCAUGGACAGAUCCCAUGAUUGUUAUAAACAUAUUUGCUAAUGCUUUAAAUUGCUAUUGUAAGUUCAGAGAUUUACAAACACUGUACAAGUAUAAAGGUGACUGCACAUUGACCGAUUUCAAUACAUUCUGUGUUCCAAGCUACAAAAUUUUCCACAGGUAAAUGCUCAGAUAGAACUAAUGUGAUCUCUAGAGCCAAAAGCCAACCUAUUGUACUACACGGUUAGUGAGAGGCAGAUGGACAGCACUUAUUUUCUUAAUGAAAAUUGCCAUCUAUGUCAAUAAGGGUCACAUUCCCGCAAACAAUUCCUUGUAGGAACACAGAAUGUAUGGCAAAACUGAUCUCCAGAAUUGUGCACACAAAAAUUAAUGGUUAGGUACUUUGAAUAAAAAUGUCCAAAUAGCCCAACUAUUGCCUUUUCCUUUUCCUGAAACCUUUUCCUGAAACCUUUCAUGGUUUAUUUCUUAAAAAAACAAACAAAGAAGCUAAACAGGAAUAUUGACUGCCCUGAAGGUAGUGGUGUACCAACAAAGUGAUGCAGCUGGGUUUGCCUCCUUAGCUAUUGUAGUAGCAAUAAUCACUUUGAUAAAAUGUGAUGCCCAUAUCGAGUGAUUGUAGAAUUAAUCUUUGUUUUAUUUUGGGUAGCUUCCUAGCCAUAUUAUCUUAAGGGCGCAUCAUUUUUGCUGGCAUUAUUAUCAUCCAUUUCACUUGAACACAGCAUAAAUAUCUAUAUAUGUAUAAUAUUUCUAUUCUGGCUUGGCUAGUAGAGCAUACAUAACUGUAACCUAGCAGCUAGGUCACAUCUUAUCUGCAUUAUACCAACAACUCUGUUUGCUUUGUUGCACACCUUAGAUAACCAAGAAGGCAGUCUGCCCCAAUGCAUUGCAGUUCAUCUAGUGGUUACAUGGAUUGUCAGCAGUUCAUGACGGUUGAAAAUCACCCAAGCUAUUAGUGAUAACUGCUUCUGAAACUGUGGAAGUAGCUUCACUGUUCUUUAGAAAGUGACUCCAUUGUCCAUGCCUUAAAGGGAACCUGUCGCCCAGACAUAAAAAUCUGUAAAAUAAAAGUCAAUUUUAAAUUAAA